GCAAGUAUGCGCAAGAACGACAUUUGCUUUCUAACAUUUGCUUUCUAUCCAAACCAUCGAACGCUCCCGAAGGCUCUCCUGAUUAUGCCGCUGGUUCGUUUAGUAUGUUUGCGUCUUUGUGCAACUGUUGGGGUCUGCCCGCCAGUGACUUUAAAUAGUCAACUCUAUCACCAUCAUCCUAUUCUGCCUUAUCAUAUUUGUCUUGCCUGCACACAUCCACUAUGAACUCGGUAAUACUUCUCGCAUCGAACCUUCAUUGUCCGUCUUGUGUCUCCUACGUCCAGGACGUCCUGUCUCACCUGCUAGGAAUCUCAUCUGCAAACGAGGUGUCCCUAAUAAGCCAAACUAUACGGGUUGUAUUUAACAGCAAGAUCAUCAACUAUCAGUCAAUCACCGACGCCUUGACUGCAUCGGCUUUCGACGUACAACAUGUUUCCGUUUUCGACAACCAUGGACGACUAGCUGAAGAGCACGAUCUUGCAACAAGAAUCAACCACAGCGAGGCAUCGCGGGUGCGAUUCCAACAGAAGCACAUGGAGAAUUGCAAUUCUUGCCAGAAAGAAUGGGGGAGUGGCGGUGCCUCGCCAGUGCUUUCUACAAGAUCGACCGCUGCCGCUACGGGUUCUAAUGACAACCCGACUGUGAUCGAUAUUGAUGGUCCGUCCGAAUACGACUCAUCCACCACGUACACUGCAUCACUGUCGAUCGAAGGAAUGAGCUGUGGUAGCUGUAUCGGGAAGAUUACAGCAGGGCUGGAGGGGCUACCGUUCGUCACGAAGGUCAACAUCGAUCUGCUCACCAACAGCGGCGCCGUUGAAUUUCGUGGGAAGAUCAACGUAGACCCGAUAUUGGAGAAGGUCAGCGACCUAGGCUACAAUGCAACACUCGUCGAACUAGUAGAACCGAGGCCGAAGUCGACUCCUACCUACACUGCGUCGCUAUCGAUUGAAGGAAUGAGCUGUGGAAGUUGUAUCGGCAAAAUCACUGCAGGGCUGGAGGGGCUGCCCUUCGUCACGACUGCCAACAUCGAUUUGCUAACGAGCAGCGGGUCAGUGGAGUUUCGAGGGGACAAGAAGAAUCUAGACCUGAUAUUAGACAAGUUUAGCGAUAUGGGCUAUCGUGCAACGGUCGUUGAAUUAGUCGAGCCGAAGUCCAGUCUUGCUUCACAAGAGCGGGUAGUCGACCUCCAGAUCGACGGUAUGCACUGCAUUCGCUGUCCGGAGAGGGUCGUAAAGGUUUUGGACGAGUUACGUUCUGAAAUGGGGGUUGCUUCCAACCUCCGCAUAUCAAGGCCGCCCUCUUCCACGGAUCCCCGCGUGCAGAUCACGUACAAACCGUCCUUGUCGGAAGGCCUUACAAUCCGCUGCUUUAUCUCCACCAUUCAAUCCGUCGACUCGGAAUUCUCAGUCUAUGUGUACCACCCCCCCACCAUCGAAGAACGGUCGAGACGAAUCCAGCACCAGCAGAGGCGUUCAAUCUUGUGGCGUCUAGUGUUCGCCGGGAUUGUUGCUAUACCUUCGUUGAUCAUCGGCGUCGUCUAUAUGGCCCUUGUUCCAGGCGAUAAUCCUACAAGGAUGUGGUUUGAGGAGCCCAUGUGGGCUGGGAAUGCGACGCGGAUGGAAUGGGCACUGCUCAUCCUGACGACGCCCGUCAUGUUCUUUGGCACGGAUCUAUUCCACCGACGUGCGUUCAAAGAGAUCUGGGCCAUGUGGAAACCGAACAGUGUCGUUCCAAUGCUACGUCGAUUCUAUCGCUUUGGUAGCAUGAAUAUGCUGAUAAGCGUCGGCACGAUGGUCGCGUACGUUUCGUCCCUUGCGGUCCUCAUCAUGAACGCUACGCAGAAAACCGAGAGACACCAUUCGAUGAGGAUGUCUUCGUCUUACUUCGACGUUAUCACGUUCUUGACAUUUUUUAUUCUCAUGGGCCAAUAUCUCGAAGCGUAUAGCAAGGCCAAAACCGGAGAUGCUGUUGCUAUGCUGAGCAAGCUUCGACCAAGCCAAGCCCUCCUUGUGGGGAAAGACCGCGAAGUGCAGAAGGUUCCUGUUGAUCAGCUGGAAGUUGGCGAUGUGGUCCAGAUCCCACGGGGAACUUCCCCGCCGGCAGACGGUACGGUCGAGCAGGACGGUUCCUUCUCCUUCGACGAAAGUUCACUUACCGGCGAAUCGAAGCCCGUCCGAAAGACCAAAGGAGACACCGUCUUUACUGGGACUGUUAACGUGGCCGAUCCUGUGGAAAUCAAAGUCACAGAACUUGGUGGUGCCUCUAUGCUCGAUCAGAUCAUCGAAGUCGUAAGGGGGGGCCAGGCCAAACGUGCUCCCAUCGAGCGAUUUGCUGAUGUUCUGACUGGUUACUUUGUACCUGUCGUUACUCUACUUGCAAUUGUAACAUGGGUGACCUGGCUUAGCCUCGGUCUCUCUGGCAAGUUGCCCGAUGCUUGGCUUGAUUCUGCGCAGGGAGGGUGGGCGUUCUGGUCCCUGGAGUUCGCCAUAGCGGUUUUCGUGGUUGCAUGUCCAUGUGGCAUCGGCCUCGCUGCUCCCACGGCACUGUUUGUUGGAGGGGGCCUCGCUGCUAAGCAGGGCAUCUUGGUGCAGGGUGGGGGCCAGGCCUUCCAGGAAGCAUCUAACUUAAGUGUGAUGGUCUUCGAUAAGACCGGCACGCUGACCCAGGGUCAGAUGAAGGUUACGGACUACGAACAACUCGAUCCAGACACUAGCAAAGAUAGGCUAUUCUCCAUGGCGCGGGAAAUGGAAUGUAUCUCCAGCCACCCGAUUGCUCAGGCCAUAACUACGUUUUGUGCCUCCAGCUCGGAAGAGGUGACCAUGUCGGACAUCCGAGAGAUACCGGGUCAUGGUAUGACGGCGAGGUUCACAUUCGGUUCGGAGUCGGGGGAGCAUGCCGUGGAAGCUGCCAUUGGAAAUGGAAAACUCCUUGAUCUCCUCAAUGAGACAGAGGCAGAGAAAGCUGAGGCGCCAGUCAGGUCGGGAAACAGCAUCGACAACAAAAUCGCAAGAACGUCGAGCAAGAAUCUGCAACAAGCCCUCUAUCGACACCAAAUCCAAGGCCACUCCGUCGCCGUCAUCGCCAUCCGCUACUCCAACCGCUACAAGGCCGUCGGAAUUUUUGCUCUGUCCGAUCCCCUCCGCCCAGAAGCUCCCGAGGUUAUUGCGUCGUUGCGCAGCCUAGGUCUCGCCAUUCACCUUUGCACUGGUGAUAACGCCACUACGGCGCAUGCCAUCGCUUCGCAGCUCAAUAUCCCUCCUGAAAACGUCCGAGCAGGUGUUCUGCCGCAAGGGAAGGCCGAAUACAUUCAUGAACUUCAACACCCCGCCAAGGGUGUGAGGAAGCUGGUGGCCUUCGCUGGUGAUGGCCUGAAUGAUACUCCUGCAUUGACCGCUGCAGAUGUCUCCAUUUCGCUCUCCUCGGGCAGCGAUAUCGCAAUCAAUGCGUCGUCCUUUAUUCUACUAAACUCAGACCUUGCUGCGAUUCGCAUAUUAUUCACACUCUCCAAACGUGUAUUCUUGAGAGUUAAGAUGAACUUCUUCUGGGCCGGUGUAUACAACGUCACCCUGAUCCCAGUUGCAGCUGGAGUUCUCUACACAAUCGGAGCGACGGAAUACCACGCCGGAUGGCGCAUGAGCCCAGUGUGGGCUGCCGUAGCGAUGGCAGGAAGCAGCAUUAGCGUUGUGCUAAGCAGUCUGGCGCUAAAAUUGCCCGAACUUAGAUGGCCGUUCUAGAGCCUGAAGCCGGAUUAAGUUCGGGAGGAAGGAUUAGCUACGCGGAAGUAAGAGUGGGUUAUCAUAGCGUAGAGAGUUAUUAAGGAUUGUGGGAGCUAUUUUAUCAACAGG